AGCGAGGCGGGCGGGCGAGAGGGGGAGAGAGAGAGAGAGACUGUCGGCUUUCGCCGGCGCUGCGGGCUUGAGCCUCGUCUCGCUCUCCGAGCGGCCGUGGGAGAAGGCGGACGGGAACGUGGCCUCGGCUGCCGAGCCAGGGCACUGAAACUCCCGAGAGUAGCUACGGGGACCGUGAAAGUGCCUUCAGGGAAUCAGAUCUCUUUCCAGAUGAAGACACCAUGACCCUGGCCCAGCAAGAACUCCAUCAUGAGUCUGAUAUGGACAGUGCCAUUGAAAGUAACCACGGUUCAGAAGCAUCGGUUGUGUGCAAGGUUGAGAAGGACGGUGUGUUGAAUGGCCUCUUCCUGCCUGGAGAUAAAUCAAGUCUGCUGAAUCCUGCAUCUUCUGAUCUUUCCACCUAUUCCACUGCCUCUCUGAUCAGUAAUGAAGAACAGUUUGAAGAUUAUGGAGAAGGAGAUGAUGUAGACUUCACCCCCAGCAGUCCUUGUCUUGAUGAUGAAAGCAGGACACAUGCAUAUUCUGACCUUGGCUCAUCCGUUUCUUCCAGUGCUGGUCAGACCCCACGGAAAAUGAGGCAUAUCUAUAACAGUGAGCUCUUAGAUGUCUACUGCACCCAGUGCUGCAAGAAAAUCAACCUCCUUAAUGAUUUGGAAGCCAGGCUGAAAAACCUAAAAGGCAACAGCCCCAACAGAAAGAUCUCUAGUACAGCUUUUGGCAGGCAGCUUUUUCACAACAGCAACUUCAGCAGUAGUAAUGGUAGCACGGAGGAUCUAUUCAGAGACAGCAUAGAUUCGUGUGACAAUGAUAUCACCGAAAAGGUGACUUACUUAGAAAAAAAAGUGACAGAGCUGGAAAAUGAUACUGUAACAAACGGGGACAUGAAGAGCAAAUUGAAGCAGGAGAAUACACAGCUUGUUCACAGAGUGCAUGAGUUGGAAGAACUGCUGAAAGACCAGGAGACUUCAGCUCAGCAGACCCUGGAAGAAGAGAUCAAGAGGCACAGAGAAGCCUACAGCAAGUAUGAGAAGGAGAAGAGCACGGAGAUUGAGCUGCUAAACACACGGGUUCAGCAACUGGAAGAGGAAAACUGUGAACUCAAAACUACUGUCCUACGACUCAAAUCACAAACGGAGAAACUGGACGAGGAGAAGCAGCGAAUGUCUGACAGAUUAGAAGAUACCAGUCUGAGGUUGAAAGAUGAAAUGGAUUUGUACAAAAGGAUGAUGGACAAAUUGAGGCAGAACCGGCUGGAAUUUAACAAGGAGAGAGAAGCCACUCAGGAGCUCAUUGAGGAUCUGAGAAAGGAGCUGGAACACCUUCAGCUGUACAAGCUUGAUUGUGAGCGUCCCGGCCGAGGAAGAAGCUCUUCCAGCUUGAGUGAAUUCAACGCCAAGACGAGAGAAGUGGAAAUGGAACAUGAAAUUAAACGUUUAAAACAGGAGAAUCAAAAACUCCAUGACCAGAAUGAUGACCUCAAUGGACAAAUCCUUAGCCUCAGCCUUUAUGAAGCUAAGAACCUUUUCGCAACGCAGACAAAAGCCCAGUCACUGGCAGCUGAGAUUGACUCUGCCUCCAGGGAUGAGCUCAUGGAAGCCCUCAAAGAACAGGAGGAGAUCAACUACAGAUUGCGCCAAUAUAUGGACAAGAUCAUCCUGGCCAUCCUAGACCACAACCCGUCCAUCCUGGAAAUAAAGAAUUGAAGAUUGGGAAGGGAAGGGAAGGGAGGUGGGCAGAUAGAUGCCUUUAGAUUCAAGUAUCUCUAUUUGCCAGUGUAUAUGAACUUAUAAAUAUAUACAUAUAUAUAACUCUCUCAAUACACGGGACAUGCAAAACACAAACACACAGACACACACACAUAUAUAUAUUAUAUAUAUAUAUAAAUAGGGGAAAAAAACUUGUGUGGAUACACAGGGCGUGUUUAUAUGAGCUUAGUAUAUUUUGUGACUCAUAAUUUCCAUCGAUCCAUUUUCCAUGCCCUUUUCUCUGUGGGGAGGCUAGGGA